AUGGGGGCAAAUGAUGUGCAUGACUUUAUGGGGCUACCAUUUGAGGGGGAAGAGAUUAAAGCAGCUGUGAGUAGUGAAGAUGAAGUGUUCAAGCAAUGGAGGACUGUGUAUGGCAAUAUUCCAUACAAGAAGAUAGCUUCAUUGUUGACCGAGGAGAAACAAGAUGAAAAUUUUGAGAUGCUGUUUGUGAUGUAUGUAUUGGGAACGUUGUUGUGUCCUAAUGCAAGUAUUUGUGUUAGUGAUUAUUUGUUGAAGGUAAUAUUAUCAACAAAGGAUAGAUUGGGUAAGUUUGAUUGGUCAUCUUAUGUGUUGAAUGAACUAUAUAAGGGCAUUGGAGUGUACAAGAAACAAUUGGAAAAAGGCAAGUUGAUUGAGAAGAAGAAGAAUAUUCUAGGCUGUCUAUACUUCCUACAAAUAUAUUGUCUACAAAAGUUUCCAUUGGGGGAAACAAAAGCUUCACAUGUUAAGCAUGCUCUUGCAUUUUGGGAUGAAAAGAAAGUGCAGGAAAGAGUUAACAUGGAGAAGGAGAGUGAUCAAGGAUUAUUGCAUCCAGCUAGUCAAGCCACCAGUUUUGAUCCAGAAAAUUUAACUCACUCGGAGAUCAAGAGAACAUAUGCCCGAUUAGUGUCAAUGCUGGGAGAAGAAAUGAUGUCCCUUCAGUCAAGACUAAUGAAGGACAGUGAUAAUGUAAGUGAAGAGGAGAAAGAUGAGGAGGAAGAACCUGAGUCAGAGGAAGAGGAAACUGAAGAGGAUGGAAUUGAAUCGGAAGAUGAUAAAAAUCAAGAAGAAGAACAAAAAAUUCGAUUUGAGAAGGAUAUGGCUAGGUGUGAUGAAGAGGGGCAAAAGCAAUACUUUGUAUCGAUGUAUGGAUACUUCCUAACCCGUGGUGAGCUGCAAUGUCUCCAACGUAGAAGAUGGAUUAACGACAGGUUUAUGACUAUGGUGGCAAAUACGUUUGUUGGAGAUCAAAAGGAUAAAGAGGAGAGAGUGAACCGGCAUAUAUUUUCUGCGGAUUUCAUGCAAAAGAUGGUAGCCAAUCCUUUAAGAUGGAAAUGGGAGGACCAUGAAAGGGAAAUAUUACCUAAAUAUAUUGGGUACAAUAUAGGGGAUUGCGAUUUCCUUUUCGGCCCUACGUUAUUUGAAUAUCAUUGGUUUUGUUAUGUUUUGGAGAUAAAGACCAUGACCUUUUACGCCCUUGACUCCUUGGUUGAUAGCAUCACGUUUAUGAGACUACAAGCAGAGGAAGAAGAAGCAAAGAAGAAGGGGGGUGAGCAACAACAUGAUGCGAAGAAGAAAAAGAGGACAAAUAAAGGUCACUUCAAUCCCAAACACUUUAUGGCAGCACAGACUGUGUGUAAUUAUUUGUUGCUGUUAUACUUGUCGAUGACUACUCUUAUAGUUGUCACUAGCAGCCUGCGUAGUUGUCAUUGCAUGCUCUGUUAG